CGAUCCUUUUUUGUCGACACCCGUACCACCAUAGCUAGGCGUCUCACGUCCCAGCUAUCGCUCUCUGCAGUCUCGUCAAAUCUCUCCAGUGGGCGGCAGCCGGCAGCGGCGUGCGAAGCCAUCGUCUACAAUCCGUCGUCGAUAGAAGCCCCACGAGCACCAAGCACGCCAGCACGUCGCGGUGAGCGCAGAGCAGAGGCAGCGCCCGCUGGAGCAGUAGCGAGACGCGGGCGUACGUAGCGUCGCACACCACGAGACGAGGUGAAAGAAGAACCAUCGAAGGAAACGGAGUAAAAACGGACCGGACCGUCUCGCUCUCCCCUUCCGUCCGUCCUUCCACCGGCCGGCCUCCACUUCGCCCCUCAACAGCCGCAGCCGGGACAACGCCGCCUCGUGUCCGGCACCCCCUCGCAUAAAUCCCACCGUCGGCGGCGCCCCGAAUCCAGAUGGCCUCCCGUUGAUCGGCCAGCGGGAGCCGCGCACCGGGCUCGAUCUCCGGAUCCGAUCGCGCGCCGGGCGGGUCAAAUUCGGUACGUUCCCUCGGCGAUUUCGAUCCGGCUGGUGCUUCCUUGCGGCGGAAUCUACGUGUUAGGUGCGUUUUGUCAAUUAUACUGAUCUUUUCAUAUGGCAUUGGAGCCGUGAUGCCUUAUCCGACUCUGAAGCCAUAUACCAAUGUUCUGAAGUGCCAUCGAAAAGACAGAAAUGGACGGAACUGACCUUGAAAAUCCAACUUCUAGAAGUUCAUCCCAGAAAUCUAGCCGCCGUUCUGGUAGUAGGCGUUCUCAAAAGUCAUCUGGACAACAUUCUUCGCCCAACAUUCAAGAGAAAAGAAGCAAACCAAGAUCUUCGAGGCAGAAGCAUUUGGUUAUUGAUGACAAAGAUGCUAAAAAAGGAAAAAGCCAUGAACAGAAAAUUGAUGUGGCAGAUGAGAGGUCCAAUUUUCUAGGUUAUGAAGUGUAUGCUGGAAAGCUUAUUUUUGAUAAGAAAAAUAAAAGCGCAAGCGGUAAUAAUCAGUUGUCAGCAAAUGGGAAAGCUGAUGCAAUUGAUGCAAGACUCACAAGUAAAGCUCUGAUCUGGGGCUCCUCUGUGCUCAUCCUAGAGGAUGCUGUAUCUGUAUCAUAUAAUUCUGGUGUCAAACAUUUUACUGUGCAUUCAUACCCGACUAAGAAGUCUUUAUUUGGAAAGACACGCAGAGUUCAGAAGGACUUCUGCUUUAUAGCCUCUAACUUAGAUGAGGCCAUUUUGUGGGUAACAUGCUUUGCUGAACAGAACAUAUAUGUUAAUUUACUACCUCACCCGGCAACGUCCAGUAUCAAGCAAGACUCAGAUGCCCCCCUCAGUGAGUCUUUAUUUGACCAGCCACCGAUUAAAUGCAAAUCUCCACAAAGAGUACUUGUUAUAUUGAACCCUCGAUCUGGACAUGGUAGAUCAAGUAAAGUUUUCCAUGAGAAAGCAGAACCUAUAUUUAAGCUCGCAGGUUUUCAGAUGGAAGUAGUUAAAACUACUCAUGCUGGGCAUGCAAAAUCUCUUGUAUCUACAUUUGAUUUCAACACAUGCCCAGACGGAAUUGUGUGUGUUGGUGGUGAUGGAAUUGUAAAUGAGGUUUGUCCUUGCUUUUCAUACUUUAGUUGGUUAGGAAUAAUUAACUUAUUUGCUAGCUCAACAUUUAUAGUUCUGCAGGUGCUCAAUGGUCUUCUCAGUAGAAGUGAUAGAACAGAAGCUAUAUCAAUUCCAGUUGGAAUAAUUCCUGCAGGGUCUGACAACUCACUUGUCUGGACUGUUUUGGGAGUUAGAGAUCCUAUUUCCGCAUCAUUAUUAAUUGUUAAGGGUGGCUUUACAGCUCUAGACAUCUUGUCUGUUGAGUGGAUCCAAUCUGGGCAAAUACACUUUGGCUCAACUGUUUCAUACUAUGGUUUUGUUAGUGAUGUCCUGGAACUUUCUGAGAAAUAUCAGAAGAAAUUUGGUCCUCUUCGAUAUUUCGUGGCUGGAAUACUGAAAUUUUUAUGUUUGCCUAGCUACUUCUAUGAGUUGGAAUAUCUUCCGAAGGAGAUGACUGGGCAUGGUAAAAGUACAGAACGAGACAAGACCCUCUUGUCUGACGUCUAUACUGAUGUAAUCCACAGCAGAUCAAAAAGAGAAGGAAUUCAGCGAGCUUCCAGUUUGUCCAGUAUUGAUUCUAUCAUGACUCCAAGUCGGAUGGCACUUGGGGAUGUCGAUACAUCAGGUAGUACAGUGGCAAGCACUGAACCAUCGGACUAUGUUCGGGGUCUUGAUCCAAAAGCAAAACGCUUAUCUCUGGGCAGAAGUAACAUUGUUUCAGAACCUGAAGAAGUGUUACACCCUCAACAACAUCAUGCAUCAUACUGGCCAAGAACUAGGUCCAAAGCAAGAACCGAUAGAAAUUCAGUUGGUGUCACCGCUGCUAAUGAUACACGGCUAUCUUGGGCAGCCCCAUCAAUUCAUGACAAGGAAGACAUUUCCUCGACAAUAUCAGAUCCAGGACCUAUUUGGGACUGUGAACCGAAGUGGGACAUGGGGCCAAAAUGGGACACUGAGCCAACUUGGGAGCCUGGCCACCCCAUAGAACUUCUUGGACCACCAGAAGACGGGGAAACCGGAGCACCAAAGGAACUUGUGCCAAACUUGGAUGAGAAAUGGGUAGUUAGGAAAGGAUACUUUCUUGGUGUUCUAGUAUGCAAUCACUCAUGCAAGACAGUGCAAAGUUUGAGUUCACAGGUUGUUGCACCGAAAGCCACCCAUGAUGACAACAGUUUGGACUUACUUUUAGUUGGCGGAAGGGGAAGGUGGAAGUUGCUGAGAUUUUUCAUACUUCUGCAAUUCGGUGGCCAUCUUUCCUUACCCUAUGUGGAAUAUGUAAAGGUGAAGUCAGUUAAGCUUAAACCUGGUGCAAACACUCACAAUGGCUGUGGUAUAGAUGGUGAGCUUUGCCAUGUCAAGGGACAUGUACUCUGCUCCUUGCUUCCAGAGCAGUGUAGGCUUAUUGGCCGGCAAUGCAGACAAUCUAUUUAAGUGCUGUACUGUUGAACUUUAUGAGUUCUGGGGGCUCUGUUUCCACAUCUAACAACUGAUGUCUAUAUAUUGUCACUUGCUGAUGGGGGUUGAGCGUGGGUUCGGACGUGCAGAUCUAGAGAUUUUGGACUGAACAAACAAUGUUGUGAGAUUUCUGUAUAUUUGAGUGGUUAUAAGAUGAUAUCUUGAUUCUUUUUA